AAAAUCUCUGAUUAUGUCGCAAGGUUCUUUUUCUAUUGUACUGCAGAGCCGAUGAUAUUAUACUACGUACUUCUUUUCUCCUCUCCGGCCAACUAGCUGUGGCCUGUGAUUCCAAGAGUUCGUCCUUUCUUUUUUUUAUUUAUACAUUAUCUUCAAUCAUUUUUCGAGUUUACUAUUUUUUGUUCAUAGACUGUAUACCUCUCCAGUUUUUAAUUUUAAAUAUAAUAGUUUGUGGGGGCUUCAUUGCAUAGUUAUUUAUUCUUACAGCUACUGCUUUUGGGGUUGACUUGGGCUCAUUCCUCUCCCCUGUAUAUAUAUCUUUAUUAUCAAUGGAUACACACACCUACAUAUUUAUAUAAUCCUCAUUAAUGAUCAUCUUGUUAUCUUAAUUAGGGUUUAGAGAUUAAUAUAAGUUUGUUUCCUGCAAUUAUGAGUUUAAAUUAAGACGACCUCUUGUAAUAGAAGAAGAGAAGGAAGCCUCUUUUAUUGUUUGCGUAUUUAUGUUAUUAUCUUGCCGUUGGUACGUAUGUCCGACCAUCAGAUUUUAGAAUCCAGUUUACUCGACGAUCUCUUCCAUAUCCCUGCAGAAACAAUCGUUGAGGAGUUCCGAGAGAAGGACGACACUUUUCGAGCUCACUCAGAAAGCAAAGGGAAGGAAGUAGUAAUAGUGUUGCAUGAUGAAGAUGCUCAUGGCUCAUCAAGUGGUGCAGCAAAGAAACAAGAACGUAACGCCAAUGAGCGUCUAAGGAGGAUGAGACUUCAUGCCUCUUACCUCACUCUCGGCACUCUUCUUCCUGAUCAUUCGUCUUCCUCCAAGAAGAAAUGGUGUGCACCGUCUAUAAUGGAUAGAGUGGUCAGUUACAUUCCCAAGCUACUUAAUGAAGUUGAAGAGCUAACUCUCAGGAAGAAAAAGCUUGUAGAAGCUAUCGAGAGCAAGAAGUCCCAGAGAUUGGAGCGGCAAGAUCCUCACACUCUAGCGAUCUCAGUUCUUGAACUGGGGAGGUCAGGUGAUGAGGCUGUUGUGCAGAUAAGCAUGGAAAAGGAAAAAGAAGAAGAAUUCUCGAACUUGCUUCACGUAUUGGAGAUGCAAGGUUCGAGUAUUUUAAGUGCUUCUACAUCUCUAGUGUGCCGAGAUCAAAGGGUGGUUUGCUACAACUUCCAUGUUAAGAUGGAUGAGAAGCCAUGUGAAGGUGAUGACUACAUCACAGUGUUGAAGAACAACAUCAUUUCUUCCCUCUCUUGACAACAUAAAGUGAGAUGAAGAAUACAGAAUAGCUUUGAUGACUCAUAUUGCGAUUGACAUUCCUCUUCUUGGUUUUAUCAUGUUUAAUCUGGUGUUUGAAAUCUCACAACCAUAUUUAGAUGUAGAAGCUUUAUUCCUCGUAAUCUCCUUUUUUUUGAACAAAGUGAUCACCAUAUUUAGGUGUAGUAAAUUUGAUGACCAAACUCAACAAGUUGUGAGAAUGUCGAAUUAAAUUCGUAAGAGUUUUUGUGACAUUUGGAUCACUCUAAAAAAAAAAGGUUUGAACUCGGUGAAGUAACGUUGGCGUUGAGUUCUGAACUCAAGUUCGGUCUGACCAGGUAGGUACAUUCACGCCAUUCGCACCAAAUUUCAGGUCGACCUAAUAAAACCUAGUUCAAGGAAUAUUAUAGUAAAAUCUUCUCGUUCAAAGGUGAAGCCAUGGAUCAUGACGAUCUUUAGACCCAUACGUAUUCACGAGUUAUAAAGAGAUCGCAACUUAUAUUAUGAUCAACAAAGGUUGACACUGAACUAGUGAAAAUAGGAUAAGGUUGUACCAAAACUGGUUGAAUAAAAAAAAGGCUUGACAUUAUUCUUUAAAUCCCAGAAGAGAAGGUUGACAUACGAAACGGAGCGCAACUCUAACGCAACAUGGCCCAGUAUAAAAAUAGCUGAGUAAUAAACAGAAAGGGUCAGAAGUGGACACGUGUGGAAGAAGCUGCAGAUCGCAACUUUUGGCAUCAUUAACUCUGGUUCUUACCCCAUAUAUAGCUGGACGCAUCAUAUUGUUCGUGGGCAUUCUAUAUUUCUAUUAAGCACUUGUGCGCUGCUAUGGUCCCUGUCUUCCCUACCCUCAUGCUCGCUAAAAGAACCGUUCAGACCGAGAGGUAUAGAAUUCUCAUAUAUAUAUAUAUAUACACGACAUGACCAGACAUAGCAGACCUUUCUUCUGGAUCAUGCGCGUUAAACCCUAUUUUUUGCUGAAACAGGAUUAGCUUGUAUAUGACAUGGAAGAGAAGUAGAGGAAAGGGAUCUGAGGAAGAGAGCUUCUGAGUGUACCAACUCCAACGUAGCAGUGGAAGAUAACUCGGUAGGUUGUGUUAGUGACUCUCUGGUUAAUAUAAGAUUCGUUUUACUUUUGAUAGUUGUGUUAAGAAUCACUCGUAAAUGGAAUUAGUUAUAGCCGUAUAGGAGGUUGAGGUUGAUCAUCCCCAAUUGGACACUUUUGAGCUUGUGUAAUCAUCUUAUCACAGUGCAAACGUUCAUAGUGCUAACAACGCUUCGAUGUUAUUUUAUGAUCAAACUCCACACCAAAUUGAAGACAAAGUUUACCUAGUUAAAUUAACCAUGAAACUAAUGUUAUUAGGAAAUGCCGUUAAGUUUAAACAACUUUGCCUUCAAAACGUUACAUCAAUAUUAUGCUUGAUCAACAAAGUUUUCUUUAGAGUGUUUGGAGAAUGUUAUAUUUUCUCAAAACGUAGAAAUUUGAUACACAAAGUGGUGGUGAUAGAGAAGAGGCCCAAAAAAACAAAAGGGUAAUUAUGAAAUAAUAAUCAGAACUCCCACAUCGCUAAUUAUCAACAUUGUAAUUCUGUAUAUAAAGGUGUAAAUCAAUCAAAUUGAUUGUCAAUUGGUGAUAGUAGUUCUUAAGCGUUAUAGUGGAUUUCUAUCUCACGGUUGCUUGAGUUAUUCUACUUUCACCAAUUGGCCUUUUUUAAUUAAUUAAAGAUACUUUUAUUAAUAUUUUCAUAUUAUACAGUUAUCAGGAAAUGGUCCAAGUUAAAAAAAAAAGAUCCAUUUAUUAUUAUCUACAAGGUGACUAUAUAAAUUUUACAAAUAAAUUUAUUUAUAAUUUAUUUUAAAUAAUAUUAUUGUAUUGUAUCUAUAAUAAUAAAACAGGGUUUUCUCUCACCUCAGGUCGCCACGUCAGCAAGGAAGGAGGGGCUUUUCGUGACACUUGUCACGUUCUGAUUUGUUGAGGUUUUUUACGAAAAUAGGUUUGGGCUCAUGAAAUAUAAUGGCCCAGUUAUAGAAUCAUUUGCGUGUUACCCAACUUGCAGAAUCUGGUGAAGGCUUACACACAUUUCCGGCCCAUUAAGUCGUCUUCUUCCCGUCCGACCUAGGUUUCAGAGAUCACACCCGACGGUCACCUUUCCGUAACGCCUGCCGGCCGCAUUGAUACCUUCUUUACUCACAUUUUCUACGUAAUAAACCCACUCUUCAUCAUUCACUUUACCUCAUCCCUUUCCCAGAGUAACCGAGAAAAGCUUAUACUAUAAAUAUCUCCACCUCUAUCGAUGAGCAGCACAGAUUCGACGAGAUUCAGAAGAAUAGUCUUUUCACUUACUGAUCACUGCGAUGGCGAAUUCCUUUACCCUCCUUGCAUAUUUGAAAGCUGGGCGAUGCUCCAACACUGCGGAGGUUCGUAUGCAAGGAUGUGUUGGUUCGAAGUAUCAAUUCAGGUUCAGAAACCGUCUCACUGAAGGAUCUGUCUACAGUUUAAGCGGGUUUGAUGUUACGCGCAGAAACCCCAAUUUCAGGUUCUCUGAUGCUCCCUCUCCAUACGGUUCAAUGAUGGAACCUCUUUUGAUAAGCUACCGGAGUCCACUAGGCCCAUACCUACUGAGCUGUUCUGAUUAUUACGAGCAUACAAUCAGUUACUUGAACUGGCAAACACCGGCAAAAACAGGUCCCUGGUAUGUAUCUUCAGUUUGAGUUGUUUAGUUGGGUUUAGUCGUAUCAUGUGUUGGCUUAAUCUCAUGAACUCAUUUUUUCAGACAUGAUUGGUGAGCUAAAUGCAAUCCGGAGUACAAUCACCGAUCGUAUACUGGGGGCACAGUGUGUAAUGCUUACACUGUGUAAUAGAUAAUCUAACGUAUACUCCUAUCUGACUCGAUAUCAUUGUUUCUUUGCAGUGGUGAUAACGUUUGUGUUAGUAUGUUUGACUCUAUGGCUCUUGCGUUUCAUAGCGAAUUUGAGAGCUACGGGAAAGAACCCAAAAUUGUGCUUGCCACAAGCGUAAAUCCUAAGAUAGUUGGGGAUAAGUGAGUAUCUGUUUUUUUUUUUUUUUACUCUUAUGAUUUUUUUUUGCUAAAAGGUUAAUAUUCAUAUUGAUGAAGGAGUUAGAUUUACAAAAUCAUUACAGCACCACCAUGGCAAAAAAGGUGAAGAACAUAGUAGAGCUACAGAAAAGACCAAAAGAUAAUCUUUAUCUAAGCCAAAGAGACAUAAGGGAGCUGAAAUGUUUCCUUUUCUUCUUGGCAGUGAUUACAGUCCGGAUGUCUUUGUCGAUAAGCCGGAAUACCUCAGCUGUUGAGAGGGAGAUUUUGUUGUGAAUGACGUUAUUGCGCUGCUUCCACAGAUUAAAACAAUAGCUUGGUAAGUGAGUCUACGAAGAAUUACGAGAGGAGAGGAGUGUGGCCCUCCCUCUAUUCUACGACAGUAAUUACGAGGUUAUGAAAAACAAUAGCUUGUGAAAGACAAUUCCCCAUGAUUUUUAAAAUCUCCUUCUUUCGUUUAUGGAUUUGUCUGAUCUUUCCUUUGAUUACUGUAAAAAGUGUUAUCGGCUAAAUCUGUUAUGGAGUUCUUCCUGAUUAGUGUUCUAGAGUUUUUUUGUCAAUUUUGGAGUCUAUUUAUGGUUUUUUCAUAAGUGUAUCCGUGAAAUGCAUGCCAUACACUGUUUGUUUUGCACUGACGUUUUGUUAACUAAACCCAUAUGUUUUGGCAGGACGGUUAUUUCUGAAUGCUACUUAUGCCACACAUCUCUAUUUUGACUCUGAGACUGCCGCAGGAAAAGAAGUGUUUGACAGGCAAGUACAUGUCCUAACAUCCUAAUUUAAAUAUAUUGAACUUAGGUUUCGCCUUUGUUUGACUGUAUAUCAUGCUCAUUAACUUUCAGCUUGCGAGGUCAUGGAGCAGACCAGAAAGCGUCCUCAUCAAAUGUUGUUCAUGCACAGAAGAUUGAGCCACUUACUGCUGCUGAGCUUAAUCAAUUUACAGUCACGGCUGAUUCUCAGGUUGAGUCUUGUCCACUAAAAAUUUGGAUAACUUGAGAUUAAUUUUUGACUUUGUUAACUUCUUCUAGACUAGACAGAUAAUUGAGUUUCUCUGCGCGGCUUAAGUGACUGGUAUCCAGCAUGAUGACGGUUGUUGUUAUAUUGGCUGCUCCGGGUCUUCCUUAUCUUAAUUUGAAGUUACUGUUUGUUAUAACUGAGCGAGAUCUUGCACCGAUGCCAGCCUUUGUUAUAACUGUUUGUUCAUUAUCUUAAUAUGAAGUUACUGAAUUUGCGCUGCUUGCAUUAUAUAAUAUCUGUGUUCGUAACAUUAUUAAUAGGAAGGCGCAAAGAUCCCUGAAUAAGCGCUGCCUGAAGUUAUUGCACCAGGAAUAGAUGCCAAAGUUGGCAAGACUUGCAAUGAUGCUUCUACAGCAAAGCGUGCACCAUCGAGCAAAGAACAAGUCGCUGAGAAAUCCCGUGUGGAAUGAGUCCACUACAAAACUUAAGCAACCACAGCUUCUUUUUUUUUCAAAUUAUGCUUUACUAUCUUUUCCUUUUCAUUUAAAACUAUUUCUCUUUUGUUUUUAAAUGUUUACUACAAUGUGGUUGCUGUUCUCAUUAUUAUUUAUUAAUGCUUAUCUUAUUCAGACAGAAAACAUCCACCUAGCGUCUAUCUUUAAAGUCUGUUCUCAUGCAUCCUUAUAUUUCAUAUAAAAUAAUGAACACUUGCACAGCGUAUAGGAGAUUAAACAAGGUGCAGAGCUUAUAUCACAUAUAUUGCAACAUCUUCGACGUUUUAGAGGACAAGAUUAAAAGUAACAAAAUGAUAAUAAUUAAAACAAAUUAGUAGAAUUAUGAAGAUACCAUCAUAGAAAAUUAUGAACACUUGGAUAACUCAUAUAAGAUUAGACAAACUACAGAGCUAAUGAACACUUGCACAGCUUAUAGAAGAUUAAAAAAAGAGCAGAGCUUAUAUCACUUUGGUUUAAGAUUGCCACAUAUACAACGUUUUGGAGGGAAAUUUAUAAGUAACAAACUGAUAAUAAUUAACACAAAAUAAUAGAAUUAAGAAGUUACCAUCACAGAAAAUUAUGAACACUUGCACAC